AUGAAACCGAAAAUGUUAUCCAUUUUGGAAAACAAUAAAAACUUUAAAAUUUUUUGGAACCAUAAAAUAACAAACUAUUUAAAGGCCCAAUGGUUCUUUUAUUGUCUAGCAAUAUUCAUAGUCAUAGCGAGAUUUGCUCCGAAUUUUGCAAAAGACGGUGGUUUAAUCAAGGGACAAUAUUCCAUCGGUUACGGUUGUGUCGCAUGGAUUUUCCUACAAAGUGGUCUAAGUAUGAAAACUAAAAAAUUAAUGGCAAACAUGUCGAAUUGGAGAGCUCAUUUGAUAAUAUUAAUGUUAAGUUUCCUCAUUACAUCAUCGAUAGCGUAUGGUCUUUGUUGUGCUAUUAAAGCUGCAAAUGAUAAAAAAAUCGAUGAUUGGGUACUUAUUGGCAUAAUAUUAACGACAACAUGCCCGACUACUGUUGCGUCCAAUGUUAUAAUGACUACAAAUGCAGGUGGUAAUGACCUUUUAUGUGUUUGUGAAGUCUUUAUUGGUAAUCUAUUGGGUGCAUUUAUCACACCUGCUUUAGUUCAAUUAUAUACUGGUAGGGCACCAUUUCAAUAUGGUAAUCCAGCAACAGGAGAUGGGAUUGGUGCAUUAUAUGGACGUGUUAUGAAACAAGUUGGACUUUCUGUAUUUCUACCAUUAUUUGUUGGCCAAGUAAUUCAAAACGUUUUCUCAAAGAUUACUGAGAAAUAUUUAGCAUUCUUAAAGAAAUAUCAUUUGAAAAUUGGUUCGUAUAUGUUACUAUUAAUUAUGUUUAGUACAUUCUCCACAGCAUUCGAUCAAAAGGCCUUCAGCAGUGUUUCUCACGUUUGUAUCGUGUUUAUUUGUUUCUUCAACCUUGGGUUAUAUUUGUUCUUCACAGGUAUAACGUAUUUAUGUGCAAGACCAUGGUUUAUUUUGAAAUUGUUCCCAACUGAACCAAUACCUGGUGAAUCUUCCAAAUUAUAUUAUUAUUCUUAUAAGAUCUUUAGACCAUUUUAUUAUAAUAAGAGAGAUGCCAUUUGUAUCAUGUUUUGUGGACCUGCGAAGACAGCAGCAUUGGGUGUUUCAUUAAUUACUUCCCAAUAUGGUGAUAAAAAGGAACAUUUGGGGAAAUUAUUAGUACCGUUAGUAUUGUAUCAAGGUGAGCAAGUCCUUACUGCAAGUAUAUUUGUUGGUAUUUUCAAGAAAUGGGUCAGAGAUGAAUUAGAAGAAGAAGAAGAAGAAGAUGUUGGUGAUGGAACUAACAAUGAUACAAAAUUGACAGAACCAGAUUUAGAAAAGGGGAUAAUAACGUCAGAGGAUUGCGAAAGACAAUUACAGUUACGACAACAAGAACAACAAGAACAAGAAAAUAAACAUGAAUUAAGACUUUCACGUAUUGACUCUCAUGUAUCGUCAUCAUUGACUUCUUCUUCUACUACAGGGAAACGUUCUGAUACUAAUCCUACAGACCAAAGUUCGGAAUAUCAAAAGUAA